UCUUAAGCGGUUAGUAAGAGGAGAUACAUUUUUUAUCAUUCAUUCCUAUGGAAACACAUCGAGUGUCUGUUUUGGAAUUGUAUUCAGAUUCGAUCGAAGAUUGGGAAGCACUGUUCAGUCAAUUCAGAAGUAUCUAUCCACACGAGUACCUCUUGAAACGAAACGAAUGUGACGGCUACUUUUUGCUCGGAUCGAGUGACAACGAAAUCAUGCAAUCCAUAUCAAAGAUGUCGUCGUUGCAGACGAAUAAGGAAAUUUUGAUUAUCGUGAAUAACAAUGUUUCUGGUGAUUCAAAUAUAUUCGAUGGUUCUAUGUACGAAGAUGCGAAUGUAAAUAUAGUUUCUUUGUCCGGGAUAUGGAAAUUAUCAGAGAAUUACUUGAAACCUCGAGUAUUUACCAAACUCGAAAGGUACGAAGAAAUGGUGCACGAUUAUAAUAAAAUCGAUUUCCAAGGCAAAGAAAUUCAAGUUUGCAGCAUAUACAGACCACCCAUGACUUAUUUUAAUCGUACGAUUAAUAAAACAAUCGACGGUUCGGAAGUCGAAGUUUUCAUAAUGGAUCAUGAGUUGGAAAGGGACGGUAUCGAAAUGCAAUUGUUCUUGAUCAUGGCAGAGAAACUAAAUUUCACCUGGACGAUAAGAAAACCAAAAGGAAACUAUAGGUAUGGCAGACGAAUCAAUGAAACAGUAUGGCAAGGUGGUAUGAUAGAAAUGUUGCGUAAUAAACAGGUAGACAUGGCAUUUGGUAGUAUUUGGUUAACAUACGAUCAGCAUGCAUUUAUUAAUUUAUCAGAAGCUUGGUACCAAGUGUACCUACAUUUCUUGGUACCUCGUCCACGUCGAACGACGAGCUUUUGGGCACUAACUAGACCAUUUUCAGAAAACGUUUGGUACCUAUUAGUAUCUGCAAUAUUCUUGCACAGUAUUUACACCUGGGCCCGUGCUUGGCUCGAUCCAAAAUUUCCAAAACGGUUCCGAAAUUUCCUAAUUACUCUGACGGACCUAAUUGGCUGUUUGCUGAGCAGCUCGGUGCCGAAAACUAUGGCGAACAACAAACUACAGAUACUUCUCUGGCAGACCGCUGGCUGGUUAAUAAUUACUGCUUAUUGCAGCAGCCUCGCCGCCUGGCUCGCUGGUUCUGAAUACGAGUCCAGAAUCGAUUCCAUCGAACAGUUUCUCGCUUCGAAUUUACGCUGGGGAGAGAUGGGACAACCGCCACCGUUCCGUGAUUACUUCGAUCUCACGGAUCCAUACGCGUCACAACUUCCAAGUAAAUACAUUAAUAUAGAAAACAACACGCAAGUGCAGGCGUUAAUUAAAGAGGGCAAUUUCGCGAUAAUAGGAAGGAUCGUAGACACGAGCUUCUUUCCGGAUGACUAUGUAACCAACGACGAUGUUAAGGAUGAUGAGGCACUCGGUGGGUCACUAUUACGCUGCGUUUGCUGUUCAACCGUGGCUUUUGAGACCCAUAAAUAGGAUAAUAAUGUGGCUGAAAGAAACUGGAAUCACUGUCUGGCAUUUACGUAACGUCAUUCGCAGACGGGACAACUAUAACCUUCGCGAAGUUCGCUUGGAGCAUGACGGAUAUGAUGGAAGCGUACAGG